CGUCCCCCAGAGUAUCAUUUUCCCCUUGCUAAGAAAAGAAUGCGAACAAUCAUUUCAUUCAAACUAAACAAAAGAAUAUGAACAAUCAUCUCAUUCAUACUUCUUAAUACUCUAGCUAUACCAAACGUACCGAGAGAGGAUUGCCCUCCCAUUCCCUCCGGAACCAGUUGUAACUUCUCAGCACAAACCCUCCCCCAUCCAUAUCAGUUAUCACCCACAGCAAAUUAAGAACAAGAAGGCCGAAAGCAAUGUACAAGUCGAGGCUGCAAGAGCUGUGCCAACAAAGGUUGUGGACCUUACCGGAGUACGCGAGCAUAAGGGACGGCCCAGACCACAACCCUCAAUUCACGGCCACCGUCACCAUCAAUGGCGAACGCUUUCAGACUCAGAACCCUUGCAAAUCAUCCAAAGAGGCACAGAACGACGCCGCUCGCGUUGCCUUCUCCCACUUCACCAAACCUAAGCCUCCCCCGCCUCAGCCUUCCGUUCCCUCAUCCUUCGGUCAUUUCCCACAGCCUUCACUUCCCUCAUCAUCUGAUGCUUCAAGUGAAAGUACUGAUUUGGAUAUUGUACUCCCUGUGAGCAAUGCAUUACAACCAAAAAUACAAGAAAUAUAUCAAACUCCUCAGGUCAAUGGAAAUGCUUUACAUGUCAACAAUGAUGAUAGAUCUAGAGAUAUGCAACAUUUGUACAAGAAUCAUCUCCAAAACUAUGUUCAAAAGAGAAAUCUCAGUCUACCUGUGUACUCUUGUGAACGUGAGGGCCCUCCUCAUGUUAGUCGCUUCAAGUGUAAGGUCACAAUUGAUGGACAAACCUAUGAGAGUCCAGAGUUCUUUUCCACUUUGAAGGAUGCUGAACAUGCAGCUGCAAAAGUUGCUUUAACUUUAUUGUCGCCAGAUGUAGAGGAUGAUUUUGGACUUUACAAGAACCUUCUACAAGAGUUGGUUCAGAAAGAAGGUUUUUGCUUACCAGUUUAUGAUACAAACAGAUUUGGUGAAACUCAUGUACCGAUUUUUGUUUCGACUGUGGGGAUAGACGGAGAGAUUUUUAAAGGGCAUGAAGCAAGGACCAAAAAGCAAGCAGAGAUGAGUGCUGCAAAGGUUGCUUGCACUACUUUGAAAGAGCGUAAGUCAGGUCAGAGCCCUUUGAUUCUGCGCUCUCCUCUCCAAGAAGAAGCUCCUGAGUUCUCAUCUUCUAGCUUGCGACCAAAUUUCACUGCUGAUCUGCAACAGCAUGUUGGACCCAAAGCCCCCUCCAUGAGUAUGAAUCCAUGCACCAUUACUGAGGGACAACCUGAGGAGGAUAGAGUAAGUGCCGAAGACAGCCGUUAUCGUCCCUACAGUCUAUCUUCAGGAUCUGAUUCCAUUACAAGUAGCAGAGGUGCAUCUUCAUCCGACUCUUUCAAUGAUUGCGCACCGGACACAGUCUUCUCUGCUCGAUGCAUGUCUGAAAAUAGCCUUUCUCCACCUUCUGACUGCUCCACUAAGUUGGCUGUGGACUCAAGUCAUGAGCUGGCAGCUGGAAUGAGUACCUCAUCCUGCAAAAAGGUAUAUGUUUACCCACGCAUGCCAAACAUGACAAGUCCUAAGGGGUGCACUAUAUUGCCCAGGAGUGAUGAUAAAUGGGUGGCUUACUCCCCAAACUGAGACAGUAGCUUAGCUUGUGGGAUUACCAGUUUUAUUUCUAAUGACUGUAACGUUAAUGAACUCUCAGUUGUACAUGCCAUUUAUCUAAACAUAUGAUGAUGCUGAAAGUGAAUAAGAAUUGGUAAGGAUGGAUUUGACAAUAA